AUGCACGUGGCCGUCCGCGCCCACGAGACGCUGACUCUCACAAGCUUGCCAGCGAUUGCUGAUGCAGACGGAGAGGAAGAGGCUGCCCCGGAGCUAGAGAAGAAGCUGACGCCGGAAGGAGAGCUGGCACAGGUGCUGCAGAUCCUUUCCGAUAUAGUUGCCAAUGGAGAUCUGCUGGACGGCCACUUGAAGAAUCUGACCAAAAAGUUGAUGACUGAGAAGCUAUCUUUCGACCAGGCCUACAAGUGGCUCGAAGAAGUGAUGCCGGUUGAUCCUCUGCAGCGGUACGGCCUCACUAUGAUGCAGUUCGAUGGUAUGCUCGAGAGGCAUUGGACCGAUCCCAAGGUGAAGGAGGGCAUCCAUCCCAUCGUGGGAAUGCCAACGAAGACCGACAGCGCUGACGAGGUGCCGGUGCUUUCAGACGACAAGGUCAUUGAGGUCCACAAGUACAUGCUCGAG